UCUUACAUGCUUGAAGGCACCAUGUCUUCCAUCUCCCCUCUCAAGUGCUGGUCCCUCUUGCUGGCUGUGCUUUGCUUAUCUACGGCUUGUUGCAAGUCAGAUCAAAAUGCUGAAGACAUUGUUGCAACAGCGUUGGCUUGUUUCAACGAUCGUUACGUUUACAGCAGCUGCCAAGAGUCCUAUAGGCUGAACGCAGGGGGGACUCUAAAUAUCCCUCAAGAGGCAACCGAUGGCUACUGCGGUGGGCCGUGUCUCACCGAGACGAAGCUGGUGCUCUCUUGCGUGGACAACAUACUCUACAACUUCCGGUUCUACAAUGGCGCAUCGGUCCGAGAUGUGCGUUACACCCUCGACGCAGGCUGUGGCCACACCAGUAAGAGAGGGGACUUCAACGUUAAUGAACACCUGGAUGAUGAUAUUGAUGGCUAUGGUGGGUACUAUGAUCAUGGAGACAGACUCGCCGUCCCCGUUUACUUGCUGAUACUCUUCAGCUGUGUUCUGUUUCUGUAAAGCGUACUGAUCAUACUGUCUGGGUUCAUAUAUAUCACCAAAGACCAGACCUUACCAUUAAUGUAUUAAGAACCUUCAUAUGUCAGUACUUCCGACUCAAUCACUCCUCAUCACACAGAAUGGAGGAGGAUUAAAGUUGUAGAAAUGGUGAGACAUAUAUGGAUGAAAAGAUAACUCUAGCUAGAAA